GUCCCGCCCCGACACCCCCGCGCUGCGGUCGGGGCUCGGCCCCGCUCCGUCCCCCGGCGCAGGGAGCGGGCCGGUGCCAGGGCUGCCGCCCGGGGCAGGGCUGCGGUCCGGGGCCGGCCCCGCCGCCAUGGCCCGCUUCUCGGCGUACCUUAACCCCGUGCUGGUGCUCUUCAGCUGCGAUCUGUGCCUGGUGCGAGCCAACAGGCCGCCGUCCCCCGUCAACGUGACUGUGACACAGCUGAAGGCAAACUCUGCCACCGUCUCUUGGGAUGUGCCAGAAGGAGACGUGGUCAUCGGCUAUGCCAUCCUACAGCAGCGGCAGGACGGUCAGAUGCAGCGCUUCAUCCGGGAGGUGAACACCACCAACCGGGCCUGCGUGCUGUGGGACCUGGCAGAAGAUGCUGAUUACAUCAUCCAGGUGCAGAGCAUCGGCCUCUAUGGGGAAAGUCAGGCCAGCAAACGUGUCCACUUCCGGACUCUGAAGGAGACCGACCGCCUCCCCUCCAACAGCUCCAACCAAGGUGACAUCACCAUGGAAGGGCUGGACAAAGACAGGCAACUGCAGACAGGAGAGAUCAUCAUCAUCGUGGCCGUGCUGCUCAUGUGGGCAGCGGUGAUCGCCCUCUUCUGCAGACAGUAUGACAUCAUCAAGGACAACGACUCCAACAACAACAAGGAGAAGACAAAGCCAUCCUCGGAGCACAGCACUCCAGAGCGACCCUCUGGAGGACUGCUACGGAGCAAGAAGAAGUCUCCCUCUGUCAAUAUAAUCGAGGUGUAAGUGCAGCACCAGCUCUGCAUCUGGGCUCCUGGGCAUCAUGUCAGAGCUAAA